UAUCCCCACUUUCUGGCCUCCUACCAUGAGCCGCCAAUUCACCUACAAGUCGGGAGCUGCUGCCAAGGGGGGCUUCAGCGGCUGCUCAGCUGUGCUCUCAGGGGGCAGCUCAUCCUCCUACCAAGCAGGGGGCAAAGGGCUCAGUGGGGGCUUCAGCAGUCGGAGCCUUUACAGCCUGGGGGGUGCCCGGAGCAUCUCUUUCAAUGUGGCCAGUGGCACUGGGUGGGCAGGAGGCUAUGGAUUUGGCCGGGGCCGGGCCAGUGGCUUUGCCGGCAGCAUGUUUGGCAGUGUGGCCUUGGGGUCCGUGAGUCCGUCCGUGUGCCCACCCGGGGGUAUCCAUCAGGUCACCAUCAACAAGAGCCUCCUGGCACCCCUCAACGUGGAGCUGGACCCUGAAAUCCAGAAAGUGCGUGCCCAGGAGCGGGAGCAGAUCAAGGUGCUGAACAACAAGUUCGCCUCCUUCAUCGACAAGGUGCGGUUCCUGGAGCAGCAGAACCAGGUGCUGGAGACCAAGUGGGAGCUGCUGCAGCAGCUGGACCUGAACAACUGCAAGAACAACCUGGAGCCCAUUCUAGAGGGCUACAUCAGCAACCUGCGGAAACAGCUGGAGACGCUGUGCGGGGACAGGGUGAGGCUGGACUCAGAGCUGAGGAGCGUGCGCGAAGUGGUAGAGGACUACAAGAAGAGGUAUGAAGAAGAAAUAAACAAGCGCACAACUGCUGAGAAUGAAUUUGUGGUGCUUAAGAAGGACGUGGAUGCAGCCUACAUGAGCAAAGUGGAGCUGCAGGCCAAGGUGGACGCCCUGGACGGAGAAAUCAAGUUCUUCAAGUGCCUGUAUGAGGGGGAGAUCGCUCAGAUCCAGUCCCACAUCAGCGACACAUCCAUCAUCCUGUCCAUGGACAACAACAGGAACCUGGACCUGGACAGCAUCAUUGCUGAGGUCCGUGCCCAGUACGAGGAGAUCGCCCGGAAGAGCAAGGCUGAGGCCGAGGCCCUGUACCAGACCAAGUUCCAGGAGCUGCAGCUAGCAGCCGGCCAGCAUGGGGAUGACCUGAAACAUACCAAAAAUGAGAUCUCAGAGCUGACCCGUCUCAUCCAAAGGCUGCGCUCAGAGAUUGAGAGUGUGAAGAAGCAGUGUGCCAACCUGGAGACGGCCAUCGCUGACACCGAGCAGCGGGGGGACUGUGCCCUCAAGGACGCCAGAGCCAAGCUGGAUGAGCUGGAGGGCGCCCUGCAGCAAGCCAAGGAGGAGCUGGCACGGAUGCUGCGCGAGUACCAAGAGCUUUUGAGCGUGAAGCUGUCCCUGGAUAUUGAGAUUGCCACCUACCGCAAGCUGCUGGAGGGCGAGGAGUGCAGGAUGUCUGGAGAAUACACCAACUCCGUGAGCAUUUCGGUCAUCAACAGCUCCAUGGCCGGGACGGCAGGCGCCGGGGCUGGUUUUGGAUUCAGCAAUGCUGGCACCUAUGGCUACUGGCCCAGCUCUGUCAGCGGGGGCUACAGCAUGCUGCCUGGGGGCUGUGUCACUGGCAGUGGGAACUGCAGCCCCCGUGGGGAAGCCAGGACCAGGCUGGGGAGUGCAAGUGAAUUCAAGGACUCCCAGGGAAAGACCUUAGCUCUAAACUCACCCACCAAGAAAACCAUGAGAUAAAAGUGAAAGGCAGCCCAUUUCCCAGUAGUCUGCCUUGCCCUGGCAGACUGCUCCGGACUCCUCUAGGAAAUUCCUCUGUCUCAUUUGUCCUCAUCUCCUUCUUGCUUUGCUUUGCUGUGGAUCUCUCCUCCUUCUCCUUGACCUCUCUGCCUCAGUCUUUGUUAAUGUUGAAUCAGGAUUCGAGAGCUGGAGCCCAUCUUUCUGCCUCCAUCCAAAGAGGCAUUUUAACUCAGCCUCCCCUUCUGGAUGAAGACUUGGCCCUUUCUCUGCCUGCAUGUCCCUGUGCAGAGGAAGGCUGUCUCUCAAAGGUAACCCCAAUCUGCCUGUGCUGCUCUUUCAUACCCUGUCUCAGUAACUAUUUGGCCAUGUGCUCCCUGGGUACACAAGGUUUCGGAUCUACUGAUAGACCUGCAGGAACUCUCUCGUGUUAGAGCAAUAGUGGCUCAGGCAAAACGCCUGGUGGGAGGUUGUAUCUUGCAUAGCCAAUGCGUAUUACAUAGCCUGGAGUACCCCUCGAGGCUAAUUCUAUCAACCAAGGGAUUUGUGCUCUUCAUCUGUGGGUACUUCCUUGUUUAGGCCUCACCUCCCUGCUCCUGUGUCUUACCAAUAAACUUAUAAAGCC